AUGGAGCAAACGGUCAGCAAUGAAAUAAAGUCCAGCGGUGAAGCUGAACCCAGUAGCAGCCGUCAUGGCCCUCCGAAGAGAGAAUUUAAUCCUUCGAGGGCGGAGAUUGAGGAUCAUGUUCGGUGGUGGAAGCUAUUCAAGGCUAUACGGCAAAAUGAUUGGAAAGGUGUAGCAGAUUUCAUACGCCUAAAUCCCGCUCUCUUGACCGAACCGAUUAAAGUAUAUGAGAGGGAAACGGUUUUUCACGUAAUCAGUCGAGAGUUAAGUGCCCCCCCUUGGCUUAUCAAGACGCUCGUAUCAGAUGUAAAUCCAAACACACUAGAACAGUUGACAGAUCAAGACGACGAAUCGGCUUUAUUCAUGGCGCUUCUAUAUACGGCAAUAGAAAGGCUGCAGAAGCCUUUGUGGGGCAAUUUACAUAACAUCCAAUAUUUGUCAACUACAUUUACAGGUGCAGCUUUUGAUUUAUUGAAGAAAUAUCCAGACUUAGUUUCUAAAACAGAGGACAGAGGAAGCGUUUUAGAAGCGCUAGCUAAUAAGCCACUGGCAUUUGCAAGUGGUAGUCAGUUGGGAUAUUUGCAGCAGUUAGUCUAUCAUUGUAUUCCUGUGCAAGAAGAACACAUAUAUUUCCCAGGAAGUGUGGUUAGAGAUGUAGAAAAUCAAUAUGAGAAUUCUAAGAGAUUCUCUUUUUUUGGAUGUAUCCGUCGACAUAUCUUUCCUGCAUUUGCUGUUGUGUGCAUGAAAUUACACCUUAUGCUUUGGCAUGCCAUUAUGACUCUAGUUCCAGGAAUCAAACUCAUCCGUGAUACAAAGUUAAUGCACAAGCAAACCGUUGAAAUUGUUAGAUUGAUGUGUCAUGAGGGAGUUAUUUGGAGUACUGAUGAAGCCUUGAAGUCAUUAAGAGUCCCAAUUCUUACAGCCACAAGAUUGGGGAUCUACGAGAUUGUUCGUGAAAUUCUGGACGCCUAUUACUAUUCUUACUGCUUUUGGGACGAAAAUGGUCAUGCUAUAUUUCAUAUUGCAAUAAUACAUCGCCAAGAAAAAGUCUUUAGUCUCCUAAAUAAAUUGGACUUAUUUUUAUGGGAGUGGAAAGCAGCCAGCAAGGAUGAAAAAACUGACAACAUAUUGCAUUUAACUGGAAGGUUGGUACCAUCAGAUCAAGUCCCUGGAGCCGCAUUGCAGAUGCAAAAGGAACUAAAAUGGUUCAAGGCUGUGAAAAGUUAUGUGCAUCCAUCCCUCCAAGAACAACGAAAUGGAUCCAAUAAAACUCCUAAAGAAGUGUUUACCGAAGAACACAAGGAAUUGGUUAAAGAAGGUGAAAAAUGGAUGAAGGAGACUGCUUCAUCCUGCAUUGUUGCAGCCGCACUCAUAAUCACUGUAGUGUUUGCUGCAGCUUUCACUUUACCAGGGGGCAAUGACAAUGACGGGACCCCUAAUUUUUUGUCUAAGAAAUCGUUCAAAGCCUUUAUCAUAUUCGAUGCGCUUGCACUCUUUUCCAGCAGUGCUUCUUUGCUGAUGUUCAUGGGCAUCGUCGCUUCACGUUAUUCAGAAGAAGAUUUUCUGGAGUACUUGCCAAAGAAUUUUAUUAUGGGCCACAUCGCUUUACUCCUCUCUGUCAUAUGCAUGAUGAUAGCCUUUGGUGAAGCCAUGUUCAUGAUCCUUUCUCAUAAAUGGUUACCACUUUAUCUACCACUAUCCUUUGUUGGUUGCCUCACAAUGAUCUUAUUUUCAAGGCUGCAGUUUCCCCUUUUGAUUGAAAUGUUUUUAUCCACUUAUGGACGUAGCAUGUUUUAACCAAUACAGUAAUGAAUAAUGUAACUCUCCUUAUGUAAUACAUAUGCAAUGUUCUUA